AUGGCGUCCAGCGACUCGGACUUCGGCGGCGCGGCACCGGGCGGCGUCUGGCCUUCGAGCCUGACACAAGGGCAGACGGAAGAUCUCUUCCGGUUCGGGCUGUUCGUGCCGCCGGCGGUGAAGGUGCCACGGCCGUGGAGGAUCUCCGCCGACGGCUACCCCACGCAGGGCCCGCCGGCGACGAACGCCGAGCUGAGCGCGCACCCCGGUGGGCGGUUCAACCGUAAGAACCGCCGCCGAUUUUGGAAGGGCAAGCGGUUCAACGACGUUAUCGGCGCCUUCAGGCGCGCCACCCGUGGGCUCCCCGUCGGCGACAUCACAGGCGAAGCCGGGCCCUCCGGCCUGCGCGGGCGCGGGCGCGCCCCGCCUCCUGGCCCCGCCCCACCAGCCCCGGCCGAGGCCGUGAUCCCGCCGGAGGUGGCGGCGCUCCGACAGGACGGCGACCCAGAGGACACGCCCGGACUGCUCGCGGCCCUAGCGCGGUCAUCGGAAGAAGCCGCCGCGGCGGCGGCGCCGGAGGCCGAGGAAGCCUCCGAGAUUGCGGCCGCAAUCCAGGCGGCCGAGGCGAUGGCGGCGCCGCAGGCGGCGAUGGCGCCGCCGGAGUGGCAGCAGGCGCCGGCGGCGGAGGAGGAAGAGGAUUCGGACGACGUCCCGGUGGACUGGGACGACGUCGCGUACCGGUCCAGCAGCGACGAUGAUGGCGGCAACGGCCCGGGCGUGAUUGACCUCGUUGAUAGCGACGCCGAGUAG